GCGACGCGCCCAAACUCAAACACUCCCGUUACGCCCUCGUUUUCAAACUCCGAGUACUUAAUUUGCACGCUCGUUUUACAUAAAUUGCCAGACUGUCGAUUAACAAUAAUACAGUUACACGAGUUACAUUAACGCAGAGUUGGUGCCGUUAAUAUAAAUAAUGACGUUAUUAUAAUCUGCGUGUUGUAGUUUGCGUUUCAUCGCGUCCUGUAGACGAGUGAGUGAGUGAGUGAGUGAGUGAGUCAGUCACUGUUAACAGCCGUAAAUCAGAGUCACCUGCUAUAUAAACUCUUUCACAUAUCAGGUGCCGCUGCCCGUGUGGACGAAGAAUGCAGACGAUCAAGUGCGUAGUGGUGGGUGACGGGGCGGUAGGCAAGACAUGUCUCCUCAUUUCCUACACCACAAAUGCUUUUCCCGAGGAGUACAUCCCCACCGUGUUCGACAACUAUAGCGCUCAGAUGAGUGUAGACGGCCGCACGGUCAGCCUCAACCUUUGGGACACGGCGGGUCAAGAGGAGUACGACCGUCUGCGCACGCUCUCCUACCCACAAACUAACGUCUUCAUCAUUUGCUUUUCCAUCGGAAGCCCCUCCUCAUACGCCAACGUUCGCCACAAGUGGCACCCGGAAGUGUCCCACCACUGCCCCAGCGUGCCCAUCCUCCUGGUGGGUACCAAGAGGGAUCUCCGCUCAGACACGGAAACGAUUAAGAAGCUGAAGGAGCAGGGGCUCGCGCCCACCACUCAGCAGCAGGGCAGUAGUUUGGCCAAGCAGAUCGGCGCCAUCAAGUACCUAGAAUGCUCUGCGCUCCUCCAAGAGGGUGUCCGGGAGGUGUUCAUAGAGGCCGUCCGUGCGGUUCUCUACCCUGUUACCAAAAAGAAUGCGAAGAAGUGCGUGCUCCUAUAGUCUGUGCUUAGUGCCAAUGGAUAUGAACUUGACUGCAGUCAAAAACGAGCCGUGCACAUGGUUAUGGUGUUUGUAUCCAUCUCUUCUCAUUAAUGCUUUUCUCGCUCUUUAUCUGGCUGACUUGACACUGCCUCAAUUUUUCCUAUUAGUUUAAAAUUUUGCUGUUAAAUUGGCUCAGCUGUUUUUAUGAUGAUAAAUAACAAUGUAUUUACCAGCACCGAUCAACGAAAGAUACAUUAGCAAAGAAAGUAAAGAUUUUCUGUGUCCGUCAGGAGCACGAGUGUUGUUCCGCUGACGUGACGUCCAGCGUCCUUUGCAUUCCCAAAAUUGUGCAAUAUAAUGAAGACUGUUGUUUGACCAAGGCUCACGUUCGAAACGAGUUUGUCUUUAGCCCUCAAGUAAGGGUGACCAAUCAGACUUCAGGUUUUAGUCUCUUCACGGGACAUUUCCCAGCCAAAUCUGUGAUGUGCCUUAAUUUUAAAAUGAGAUUUUUUUCUAGUUGUAUUUUAUCAAUCCGUUUUUAAUUUUUGCCAAAGCAAUAUAUGGAUGAGUGGUAAAAAUUUUGUCUGGGUUGCACUGAUGAAAGGGUGAAUAUCACAUGGAAGGGUUGUUUUUACUCCAAAAUGAAUAUAGUUUUCUUAUUUUAAUGUGACUUUGGAGUAGGGUUGCAAAAGGGCAGAAAGUUUACGGUAAAUUUCCAUGAGAACUUAAUCGGAGGAAUUUUUGAAAUAUUCCAAAUUGCAAACUUAGCAGGAAUUUAAAGGAAUUUAUGAAAAUGAUUUGGACUUUUUGGGAAAUUUAUAUAAACUCUAUCAUAUAAAAAACAUACAUAAACAUUUUGUUUGAUCAUAAGCAGAUAUGGAUGCUAGGAAAUACAAAUGUUGGAUUUAUUUGAUCAAAUAUCAUUCUAAUAUUAAUGUUUUCUGAAGGAUUUUGAUCAAAUAAAUGCAGGCUUGAUGAGCAUAAGAGACUUCUUUCAAAAACAAAAAGGGUGGUACAGUAAAAUUCCCAGUUUAUUCCUGUUAAUUCCCAUUUUAAAGUUUCCAACCUUAAAAAUUCCUGCAAUUUUGCAACCCUACUUUGGAGUGAGAAAUGAACUUUUCAUAAGAUUCAUCCGUAGUCAGAUGAUCAUCCUGAGAAUAGUGCCUUACACAAAGUGUCCUUAAGGGCUGCAUCCCGCUGCGACGCUAAACAAGUAUUAUAGAAGUACUGUUAUCAAGAUAUUAGAUUUGGCAGCAGCCCAUAUUUUCUUGCCUUGCAUGCCUUACUAAAGUUCACAAGCAGGUCUUUCUUUGCAGGUUGUCUUAUCUGCCACAGCAUGCAUUAGUUUUUAAAGCUUCUGUUUUAGUACACAAGCCUAGUGGAGUCUUAAAUCGCACUGCAUUGUGUGAUGCAAAAGCAUAGCUUUUAAAGCCCAAAAGCUGAGCUGUGGGCCAUGGCCCUAAUCCACUGCAUCCGUUGUACAAACCCGAAAACACAGCCAACUGCUCCUGUAGCUCAUUAAGAGGCACACAAGAGACCGUAUACUGUGUAUAACCAGUGGGGAUGCUGGGAGCAACAUGUUAAUCCAAAGCUUUAUUCAAAUGUGUUUCUUUGGGUUUAGGUAUUUUGUUUUUGUCCAGUGUUGUCUAAAUUAAGAUGCCAAAUUUUCUCUGUUGUUUCUCAAACCCUAAUCGGUUUGUAUGAUCUAAAUAUUGGAUGUUUAAAUCAAUAAACCACCUCUAAUGUAUGACAAUAUCAUCACAUGAUCCUCUUUAAAUAUGAGAGCUUCCAGCGUGAUGGUCACAAUUUUUCUCUCAUAUAGACCUAAAAGAUAAUUUGUGAACUAAGGGGAUUGUCGGAUUAUGAAAUGUACUCGGCCAAAAACAAAAGUUUACUGCUGAUGUGAAAUUUACUUUCAGAUUUUUAAGUUGUGCUUUUAGAUUUUGCUAAACUGACAUUACUCGGUGGCCUUGUGGUAUAAAACAGACACCAGGGAAAACAGUGGCCCAAUUUAUACAGCCGAUGUUUUACACCUCGUACUGAUGCUUUGCCUUUUUUAAAUAGUGUUUUAAGCUUGUCUGCCAAAUGUGGCCAAAGAGUGCCUCUGGAUACAAAGAUUUAUCGUGGAAUAACUGGACUCGUAUAUGUUAAUGUUUGAGUCACACCUGAUACGAAGCGCAACUAUGUUAUUGUGGAUGAAAAUGUGUCUCGACGAAUCAUUCCUUGUUUUCAUGAAUUCCACAAACUUGUUGCUAAGAUGAAAUAUGUAAGAGAAUGAAAUAUGUGCAAACCUUGAUAUCUUCAGAAGGUGUGAUCGUGUGAAUGCAUGUGUGACUUUUUAAAUAGUGAAAAUGGUUUCUAUCUCAUCCCUUCAAUGUAAAGUGCUGUUGUAAGCUGGCAGUAUGGCCUCACGCUGCAUACUGUCUAUGCGUGUCUAUGGUAUGUGGUACUACAUUUAUACACUGGGAACUUGAUUUGUCAAAAUUGUCUUUUUAUAACCAAAAAUAAAUUGUAUAAAUAAACUAACCAUGAAAUUAUUUAAAAUGAUACUGAAUAAAUUUUUACGUAGA